AUGCCUCUCUUCGUCGAGCACAUCGUUGACAAUCUUUGGACGUACCUCCACGAGCUCUGGGGUGUUACCUUGGUUUGCGACUGUCCCUUGGGCUCCCUGUGUGAGAGGGACGUUCUGGCAGGCCUGGUGUGGUACCAGUUGGCCUCGAGCCAGGGUGGAGGCAAUCGGUGUGUUCAGCCGGCCCCGGUGUGGAGCGCCGUGGGCCGCCUUCACCCAGUUGCCGGCAUCCGUGGCCCAGGUGAUCCCUUAUUCUUCCCAGGAGUCGGUCGUCACAGCUUUCCGCAGCCUUUUCCCUUCCUCGGCCUUCAGUGGCUUCGUCUUCGAAGAUCUGGUCAACAGUCCUCCUUUCACUCUCUUCCCCCAGUGGCUGCGGGAGCAGGGGCUUCGCUGGGAUGGCGCGUUGGGCCCUUCGCUCUCCGAUCCUGCCUGCAGGUUGAUGCAGCGUGGCGUGCGGCGGAGGGUCAACAGGCGGGGGCGCUUUCGGGGCAGGCGGCACUCCUUUUUGUUCUCCCUUUCGGUCUAUCCCCGGAUGAGCAUUUCAGCCGGGCUUUGGCUCGGGGAGAUGACCCCUUGCCAACGGAACACCCUCCGGUGUUGGACCAGGACCUCCACUUUGCGGCGGAGAUGACCGUCGGGUCUCUUGGCCGUCUCCGCGAGUUGCGGCGCGAGUGUGUCGGCCCGCUUCGGGAGUUGAAGCGUCGGUGGGGCCAGGUGGGGGACCACCUGCGCAAGCUCCAGACUCCGGCGGUCCGGAAGGUUACGGCCCAGCGCGAUCUAGGCCUGCUCAGUCUCUUUGUUGUGCUGCUUUCGUGGCCGGACACCACUCUGCCCUCCCAUCUCCUUUUCGGCAUGCCAGCGGUCGGCACGUCUUUUCCUUGUGGUGUCUUCCCACAACAGAGCUUCGAGGUCAUUCCACUUCAACGGCUCUUUGAGAAUGUCGACGCACACAACAAGGCCAUCCAGGGCUCUAUUCGGCCGGGGCCGCAUGAUGACUUUUUGCUGGAGCAGUCUACCAAAGAUUUCGAAGCGGGUUUUUGCUCGGCGCCCUUUUCUUGGUCCGAGCUCCUUCGCCAUACCAAGGGCAAACCAAUUCGCUUGAUACCGCGGUGCGUCAUCUCUCAGGCCUCCGGCAAGCAGAGGGUAAUCGACAACGCUGACCAUGGGGGGCAGAGCGAGCUCAGCUCGGACUCCAACAAGUUGGUGCUGUGCUCGGCCCUCCGCCCGGCCCAGCACGUGUCUUUGGCGAUGCCCAGCCCGGCAGCCGCCCGCCGCCUGCUGGAGGAAGACCAGUGGGAAGGAGGCGGCGAAGACUGGCCCGAUGCCUAUCGCCAUGAUUGGGCCCAGCCGGCGUACCAGGUCUACUCGGGCCUCCUUUUUGGGCUCCCACUGGCAGUGACCAGCUUUAACCGGCUCAGCAGGUUCUCUGAUGCGGUUGGCCGUCGGCUCGUGUGUGUCCUGGCGAAGCGCCACCCCAUGAGCACGGUUGGCGACUUCCUCGGCUUGGAGUGGGACUUCAGAGACGUGGGUCGUGACCACGUCAACUUCUGGGUCCGGACCAGGCUCCAGGAAAAGGUUGAGGGCCUCCUGCUUCAAGCGGAGAAGGACGGCUGCCUCCCGCCCGGUUUGGCAUCGAAGUUGUAUGGUAUGCUGAACUUUCUCGAGCAAGGGGUCUACGGGCGUAUUGGCACAGCUGGGGGUAAGUUGACCCCGGCAAUCCGUUCCUCCUUCGAGGUCAUUCGAGCCAUGUUGGCGUUGCGGCCACGCAGGGCUGUGGAGGUGCUUCCCUCCCCCUGCGCCCGCUUCGUCGCAGCCAGCGACGCUGCGGAGGAUGAGCCGCGCAGGGGCACAGGUGGCUUCCUGUUGCUCUGGCCGGGCAGCGAGCCUGGUCGCGAAGCUUUCGUGGCGCAGAUUGACCGGCACACCUAUGAUGCCUUUUUACCGGGUGAGGUCAAAAUCGCGCAGCUUGAGUUGUCAAUGGUCCUCUUUGCUCUCACAGCCCGGGCCUCCACUUUUCGCUUUCGCCGAGGCACGUGGUACAUCGACAACGUAGCCGCGCUUAUGGCACUUAUUUUCGAGGGCGCUCCGAUUCUCCCGACCUCGAGCGGCUUGCGCAUCUCAUACAUGUGGCCCUCUUCUCCCUUCAGUAAGUCCAACUGGUCCGACUCGAUCAGUCGAUUGGGUGCGUCGGACCCUUGGGCCGCCUCUCGCGGCUUCUGCCUCCACCACGCUCUUUUUCCAGCCGAGGUGUGGUCUCUGCCUCUGGUGCCUGCCAUGCUGGUGUUCCAGUUCUUGUAG